CCUUGGGUGCUGCUGUCAGGUGGGCCUGGAAUAUGGUCUGCGUGGGGGGCGGCCUCCCGCCGCAGUGCCCCGGCCCCACGUGAACCCAGCAGUCCCCGCUGCAGACUUUCUGCUCUCGGUCAGUCCACGGCUGAGGCCCCCUGCCUGGGCCGGGUCUGGCCAGGCCUCCUUGGCUCUCCUCACGCCCUCCCAGGGCACGGGCUCUGGUCUGUGCUGCGCUCAGGCGUGUGGGGGCUCGCAGUGUGCUCGGCACCUUUUUGGACCAGGAGGCUGAGGCCUGAGCCCCAGGGCGCACACCUCCCCGGGACACUGAGCCCUCUGUGUGGCAACUGCAGCUCAACGCCUCGGUGAGUGCCUUCCAGAGACGCUUUGUGGCAGAUGUCCGGCGCUGCGAGGAGCUGGAGAAGACCUUCAGUGAGUUGGCCCCAGGCCCACAACCCAGGCAGGCUUCCUGGAGGAGCCUUCCUGCAGGAGGAGGUGCGGCGAGCUGGGCUGGCACUGCCCGUGCCCGAGGGGAGGCUGCCGGCGCCCCCGCCGCGAGACCUGCUGCGCAUCCAGGAGGAGACGGACCGCCUGGCGCAGGAGCUGCGGGACGUGCGGGGCAACCAGCAGGCCCUGCAGAUCCAGCUGCACCAGCUGCGGCUCCACUUGGCCGUCCUGGGCCAGGGCCAGGGGCCCCCGCUGGCAACUGCCCAAAUGGAUGGGCCCUCGGAAAGGACGCCCCUGCUCCUGUCCCCCGGGGGGCCACACAAGGACCUGAGGGUCAACUUUGUGGCAGGUGCCGUGGAGCGGCACAAGGCCGCCGCCCUGGAGCGCCUGCUCUGGAGGGCCUGCCGCGGCUUCCUCAUCGCCAGCUUCAGGGAGACGGAGCAGCAGCUGGUGGACCCCGUGACGGGGGAGCCCGCGACAUGGAUGGCCUUCCUCAUCUCCUACUGGGGCGAGCAGAUCGGACAGAAGAUCCGCAAGAUCACCGACUGCUUCCACUGCCACAUCUUCCCGUUCCUGGAGCAGGAGCAGGCCCGCCGCGCAGCCCUGCAGCAGCUGCAGCAGCAGAGCCAGGAGCUGCAGGAGGUGCUGGGGGAGACCGAGCGCUUCCUGAGCCAGGUGCUGGGCCGGGUGCAGCAGCUGCUGCCGCCCAGGCAGGUGCAGGUCCGCAAGAUGAAGGCCGUGUACCUGGCCCUCAACCAGUGCAGCGUGAGCACCACGCACAAGUGCCUCAUUGCCGAGGUCUGGUGCGCCACGCGCGACCUGCCGGCGCUGCAGGAGGCGCUGCGGGACAGCUCGAGCGAGGAGGGAGUCAGCGCAGUGGCCCACCGCAUCCCCUGCCGGGACAUGCCCCCGACACUCAUCCGCACCAACCGCUUCACAGCCAGCUUCCAGGGUAUCGUGGACGCCUAUGGCGUGGGCCGCUACCAGGAGGUCAACCCGGCGCCCUACACCAUCAUCACCUUCCCCUUCCUCUUCGCCGUGAUGUUCGGUGACGUGGGCCACGGGCUGCUCAUGUUCCUCUUUGCCCUGGCCAUGGUGCUCGCUGAGGACCGGCCGGCCGUGAAGACUGCGCAGAACGAGAUCUGGCGGACCUUCUUUGGGGGCCGCUAUCUGCUCCUGCUCAUGGGCCUGUUCUCCGUCUACACUGGCUUCAUCUACAACGAGUGCUUCAGCCGAGCAACCACCAUCUUUCCCUCGGGCUGGAGCGUGGCCGCCAUGGCCAACCAGUCUGGCUGGAGCGACGCGUUUCUGGCCCAGCACGCAGUGCUCACCCUGGACCCCAGCGUCAACGGCGUCUUCCUGGGACCCUACCCCUUCGGCAUCGACCCCGUCUGGAGCUUGGCUGCCAACCACCUGAGCUUCCUCAACUCCUUCAAGAUGAAGAUGUCUGUCAUCCUGGGGGUCACGCACAUGACCUUUGGGGUGGUCCUUGGAGUCUUCAACCACCUGCACUUUGGCCAGAGGCACCGGUUGCUGCUGGAGACCCUGCCGGAGCUCACCUUCCUGCUGGGGCUCUUUGGCUACCUCGUCUUCCUGGUCGUCUACAAGUGGCUGAGCGUGUCGGCUGCCGGCGCCGCCUCGGCCCCCAGCAUCCUCAUCCACUUCAUCAACAUGUUCCUCUUCUCCCGCAGCCCCACCAACCAGCCGCUCUUCCCCGGGCAGGAAGUGGUACAGUCCACGCUGGUGGUCCUGGCCUUGGCCAUGGUGCCCGUGCUGCUGCUUGGCACACCCUUGCACCUGCUGCGCAGGCAGCGCCGCCGCCGUCGCCGCCGCCAUCACUCGCGGAGGGACCCUGCUGGCAGGCAGGAGGAAGAUGAGGCCGGGCUGCUGGACUCGCCCGAGGUGUCCGAGAACGGCUGGGGCUCUGAUGAGGAGAAGGCAGGGUGCCCUGAGGACGAAAAGGAGGCCAAGCUUGUCCCCUCCGAGGUGUUCAUGCACCAGGCCAUCCACACCAUCGAGUUCUGCCUGGGCUGCAUCUCCAACACGGCCUCCUACCUCCGCCUCUGGGCCCUGAGCCUGGCCCACGCCCAGCUGUCGGAGGUCCUGUGGGCCAUGGUGAUGCGCCUGGGCCUGGGCAUGGGCCGGGAGGUGGGCGUGGCGGCCGUGGCGCUGGUCCCCAUCUUUGCUGCCUUCGCCGUGAUGACCGUGGCCAUCCUGCUGGUGAUGGAGGGGCUCUCGGCCUUCCUGCACGCCCUGCGGCUGCACUGGGUGGAGUUCCAGAACAAGUUCUACUCAGGCACUGGCUACAAGCUGAGCCCCUUCGCUUUCGCCUUGGAGGAUGAAUAGUGCCCCAUCUGUGGGUCACGCCCAGCCCCGUCCUGACUGCUCUGAGCAGGAAGGAAUAAAGAGGAGGCCUGGGAG